AUGGGCGUGGCGGCGAAGGAGGCCAUCACCAGGGCCGUAGUGACGAAGAGGAGCAUGGUAUGGUGCAUUGCGGCGGCGGAGGACGCCAUUCCUGUUCAGGCGACGCUGAUGGCGGUGACCGAAGUUCUGGCGACGAGCAAGACCAGAAGUCCAGUGAGGAAAACAGAAGCCUCGGUGUUCCCUGGCCACAAUCCAGCGAAAGCGGAAGCAAGGCACAGCAGCGCAGGUACUCGAGCCACGGGCGGGGUGAUGGAGGCCGACGGAAGGAAGGAGGGCGAGACGCCGGCGGCGGCAGCGCAGAGGGGCGCGGCGUGGUUGGGCGUGUCCGUGCAGGAGGGGCUGCAGUACGCCAAGGCCGGCGUGGUCGGCGCCGUGCAGCAGGCGAUGACGGGGAGCGAGGAGGAGGCGGCGCAGGCGGACCUGCGCGCGGCCAAGGCGCAGAGGCAGGCUGGCCUCAGGCCUCCUCGAGCCGCCGCGCCAGAGGCCAGGCGGGCCAGAGGCAGCCGCGCCGCCGCCCCGAGCUCCCCGCAGAUGGAGGUGAACAACAACGACAUGGACUCGUUGUCUGAUUCGUCGGGUUGGUCGUCAUCCGACGAUUCGGACAUCGACGAGUUGUUGCAAGACGACGACGUCGAGAUGAUGAGCCUCCUCAUCGACGUGAAAUCCUUUGAAAACCGCAUGAAGCUGAUGGAUCAGAGGAGAGGGUCGAAGAUGGGGCGAGUCACCAUCUACCGGAACCGCGCUCUCGGACACGAGCAUUUGAUGGAAGACUACUUCGCGGAGGUACCUACAUACCCUCCUCGUCUCUUCCGCAGAAGGUACCGAAUGCGGCGUAGUUUGUUUGUGAAGAUUGUCAUUGAUUGUGAGGCCGCCUCCUAUUACUUUAAACGUCGUAGAUCCGCCGCCGGUAUCAUGGGGUUUAGUGCAUAUCAAAAGAUAUCGGCGGCAAUGCGGGUACUCGCUUAUGGCAUACCCGCGGAUUAUACCGACGAGUAUCUUCGCAUUGGGCAAGAUACAACCACGGAGUCAGUCCGUAGGUUUGCCAAGUUGGUCAUUCGGUUGUACGGUGAGCAGUAUCUUUGGGCACUAAACGAGGAAGAUACAAAGAGAUUAAUGGAAAUGAAUGAAAAAAGGGGAUGGCCAGGGAUGCUAGCUAGUCUUGACUGCAUGCAUUGGAGGUGGAAAAAUUGCCCAAAGGCAUGGCACGGAAUGUAUUGCGGUAAAAGCCGUGAUGCUACCAUUGUGCUUGAGGCCGUAGCAUCUCAGGACACAUGGAUUUGGCAUGCAUUCUUUGGGUUGCCGGGAACACUCAAUGAUAUCAAUAUCCUCAAUAGAUCUCCUUUGUUCAAAAGAUUAAUUUCUGGGGAUGCUCCAGCUUGCAACUACAAAAUCAUGGACAAUGAGUACUCAAUGAGAUACUAUCUCACCGAUGGCAUCUAUCCCGAAUGGGCAACUCUUGUGAAGUCCAUCAAGGAGAAAAAUGGGGUGCCCUUAACAAGAAAAGAGGCUCAUUUCACCAAGGCACAAGAGGCAGACCGCAAGGAUAUUGAGAGAGCUUUCGGUGUUUUGCAAGCAAGGUUUGCCAUAGUUCGUGGUCCAGCUCGGUUUUGGGACAAAAAAACCUUGAUGAACAUCAUGAAAUGUUGUGUGAUUCUACACAACAUGAUCCUAGAGGAUGAAAGAGGGUUAAACCUCCCUUGUUUCUAUGACAAUGUUGGUACCCGUGUGCAACCGAAAAGAAACCCUUCUCGCAUACACGCUUUUUUUCAAGCACAUCGUGAGAUUGAGGAUGCAACCACUCAUGGUCGGCCCCGGGAUGAUCUAAUAGAGCACCACUGGCAGUUGGAUGGGCGGCGCAUUGGCCCAUGAUGUAUCUUUGUAUUACUUUUCUAUGUCCUAUUUGAUUCGAACAAUUAGUGUAAUUUGCUCAAACAUUGUUGUAAUAAUUUGAAUGAUUAUUGUUUUAUUCGGUGUUGUAAUAAUAACUAGAAUGA